AUGGGGGACGCAGUCAUAAUUCCAGACCAAACCAGAGGUUAUCGCUUGGGUGUUGAUGUUGGAGGAACAUUCACCGACGUGUGCGUUUUUACACCAGAGGGCGAUACUAUACGAACAAAGGUACCAUCAACUGGUCAAGAUCAAAGCAUCGGUGUCAAAAAUGGUAUCAUGCAAGUGCGAAGGAAAUUGAAGGAAUUGUAUAACUGGGAUGGACAAUUCGAUGGUAUUCAUCACGGCACUACUGUUGGAACAAAUGCAGUUCUUGAAGGCAAAGGAGCAAAGGCUGGAUUGAUUGUCACAGCAGGUCACAAAGACAUUCUGGCUGUGCGGAGGUCUCAGAUACCAGGUGGUCUGGGAGCUUGGAUUAAUUUUAUGCCACCUGAUCCUAUAGUUCCUCUUGAAUAUACCGUGCAAUGCAAAGGAACUAUGGGUUGUGAUGGUCAAAUUGUUACACCAAUCGAUGAAGAUUCACUUCGCAAAGAUCUUAAACGCCUCAAGAAACGAAAUCUUGAAGCAAUCACAAUUAGUCUGCUAAACUCUUACCAGAACGACAUACAUGAGAGGCAGGUGGCAGAGAUUUCGAAGGAGAUUCUCGGUCCUGGUGUUGAGAUAAUUUGUUCAAGUGAUGUGUUAUCAGAGAUGGGAGAAUAUGAGCGUACUGUGACAGCAAGUGCCAACGCUAUCGUUAAGCCAGUAGUCAAGAAGUACUUAGCUAACCUCCAAACCCUUCUUGCUGAUGAUAGCGAGACUAUUCGAAUCUUGAAAAGUGAUGGCGGUCUUACCACAUUAGACUUGGCUGGCGAUCUACCUGUCAACAUCCUAAUGUCUGGACCAGCAGGGGGUGUCCGAGGCGUCGCAGAUAUUGUGGCUAAGAAAACUAAAUAUCGAAAUCUGAUAACAUUAGAUAUGGGUGGCACUUCAACCGACUGCGCACUCAUUUCCGAUGGUACUCCUGCGAUUCGAAGAGAGACGGCUAUUGACAACUUGACAGUAAGAGCUCCAUCGGUGGAUGUCAGAACUGUUGGUGCAGGUGGUGGAUCAAUAGCACAAUACGUUGAAUUGACAUCUACAAUGCGCGUAGGUCCAGAAUCGUCUGGAGCAGAUCCUGGGCCUGCUUGUUAUGGGAAGGGCGGAAAUAACGCGACUGUAACUGAUGCAAAUGUUGUACUUGGCUAUCUCCCCGAUAAACUUCUCGGUGGUGAUUUUCCACUAGACAUUGCAGCUGCAAGGAUUGCGGUCGAAAACGUUGCCAAGCAGAUGGGAUUAUCGAUAGAUGAAACCGCUCAAGGGAUUUAUAACUUGGUUAACGAAAAGAUGUACAACGCUUUACACAACGUUUCAGUUGAACAAGGUUAUAAUCCCGAAGACUUUUCACUCGUUGCAUUCGGAGGAGCCGGUCCUCUGCAUGCGAAUGCAGUAGGAAAAUUACUCGGAGCUUGGCCAGUUAUUGUUCCACCCGCUCCAGGUGUUUUAUGUGCACAGGGCGAUGCUACGACAAAGUUGAGCCAUGAACAGUCUAUUUCUUACAUCAAACUUCUUAGGGAUGCCAAACAAAGUGAUAUCUUCGAUGCUCUAUCUGAACUAAGGACAAGGUGCCAAGAUGUAGUUCUUAGCGCAUUAAGUCAGUCAACCCCUCUGAAAGUCGAGUACGAAGCAGAUCUCAGAUACAAAGGCCAGGCUUUGACAAUGUCUAUCCCAUUUCUCGCAAAUGAUUUUGGACUUGAUUCAUCGAACUUCAUCAAAGCGAUCAAAGAACGAUUCCACGCAGCUCACGAACAGCAAUAUAGCUUCUGUCUUCCCGAUUUCGAAUUGGAAAUGAUGCGAAUUGGUGUAAUUGUUACAGAUGAUUCUACGGACGUGGAACUUAAUUCUAUCGAAAUUGCUCCUCAUGAUAGCAUCCACACACCUCCACAUGAUGCUAUCAUUAGUCGGAAAAUGAUUAGCACCGAUGGAAUAACAAUGGAAGCGAUAUUUUGGGAAAGAUCCAAGAUUACGAAAGCUGGAUAUAAGGUUCAAGGACCUUGUGUGGUGUCCGAAAUGGAUUCCAAUACUCUCAUACUUCCAGGCUUUUAUGGCGAAAUCGAUUCUUUUGGAAAUAUCCUUAUAUUUCCAGACAAGGAUACAAAGUUAACGUCUGAUAUCGCCCAUCAUGAUUGGGAAAGUGCCCAAGACCUCGUUCAAAAGUCACCAUUGAUUCCGACUUUGAUCUCCUCUUCAUUGCAGUCAAUUAGGAAUGAAAUGGAUACGCUUAUGCUAAGAUGUAGUAUGUCACCUGCCAUUCGAGAUCAACAAGAUGAAUUUAAUGUCAUCACGAACAAAAAGGGACAGAUGUUAGUGGGUCAAUUUGGUAGCUUUAUUACUCAGUUCCUGCAAUCAUGGAAAGGAACUGUUGAAGAGGGUGAUGUUUUCGUCACAAAUGAUGUUUAUGAAACUAGUGGUGCUAUAAGUCAUCUCAAUGAUGUGAUUGUACUUCUUCCAAUCCAUUACAAAGGGGAUCUCGUGGGCUGGGCGGCAAACUUUGGACAUAUGACUGAUGUUGGAGGAACGGUACCAGGAAGUAUGUCUAUUAACUCCACCUCUGUCUUCGAAGAUGGGAUUCAGAUACCCACCGUAAAACUUUACUCUCAAGGAAUAUACAAUGCAGCAAUGGUCGAGGUAUUUUGUCGAAAUUCUCGUCAACCGGAUUGGUUUCGUAGCGAUUUGACAGCCCUUGUAGCUGCUUGUAGAACGGCAGCUACUAGAGUCUGCGAGCUGAACGAACGAUUCGGUCCUAAUGUAUAUAGUGCCUCUUGCGACGAACUUCUCGCACGAAAUCGCUCAGGUAUUAUGAAACUCAUUGAGACUCAGAUCGGUGACGAGGAAAGCAUAUUCACUGAUUUCAUCGACGAUGAUGGUCAAGGUGUUGGACCUUAUGCAAUCACCUGUUCCAUGAAAAAGACGAAUGGAAAACUGGUAUUCGACUUCAAUGGUACUUCUCCGCAAGCCGAAACAGCUAUUAAUUUCUAUCUCUCAGUUACUAUGUUCAAGAUGUUUGUCGGGUACUACUUACUAGCAGUAUUCGAUCCAUAUUGUGUCGUCAAUGAUGGAUUUCAUGACAUGCUUGAAGUUAUUAUACCCGAAGGAUCUAUACUUCGUCCCGUACGCCCAGCACCUGUCAGCUGUCGAACUCAUCUUAUGGGCCGCACAAUGGAUAUCAUCCAAGCUCUCAUGGGUCAGCGGUCGCCUCAAUAUAGUGCUGCUGCUGGAUUUUCAGAUUCUCCACAUUUCUUUUACUCCGGUUUCAAGCCUAAUGGUGAAUGGUAUCAACUCUACCAAAUUGGCUUUGGAGGUGUUCCAGCCCGUCCCAUUGGCGAUGGUCCAGAUUGUCAUUGCUUGUUUCCAGCUAUCAAAUCUGUGCCCGCUGAGGCUAUUGAGCUUAACUUUCCAUUGCGAAUCGAAGCAAAUGAAUCACUUGCCGAUACUGGAGGCGCAGGAUUCCAUCGCGGUGGUAACGCACAAAGAACCUUGUACCGAUUUUUGGCGAAAGGAGAAUUUAGUCUUCAUGAUGAUAGAUGGUUCACAAAACCGUGGGGAAUUAACGGAGGGAAACCAGGCAUGAGAUCUUGGAAGAAACUGCAUUCGGUGAAUGGAGAGGAAAAAAUGUUGCAAAGUAAAUGUGAUCAUGUCAAGGUGGUUCCCGGAGAUUUGUUAGAAUGGGUUACCUGGGGAGGUGGAGGGCUGGGUGAUCCAUUCACGAGACCGGCUGAGAAAGUUGCGUUGGAGGUUGAGAGGAAGUUGGUUACAAUCGAUGGGGCCAAAAGAAAUUAUGGAGUGGUAGUUAAUGAGGAUGAUUUCUCGGUCGAUAGGGAGGGAACAGAAAUACUGAGAAAAAAGAUGAAGAAAUCGAAUGAGGGAGAAGGAGUAGUUUACAAUAAAGGUGGUACUUUGGAUGAAUUGAGAGAAAGAUGCGAGGAGGAGACAGGAUUGAAAGCUCCUGUUCCACAAUGGGAAAAUGAUCCAUACGGACCACAUACAGGACUAAAGUAUGUGCAAGAGUGGUUCAAGGAGAAGAGGGAAAUUAGAGGUUGGAAUUUACAGUGA